GUCUGGAUUUCGUUUUUCUCGCAGAAAGCACUGACUAGAAGAGCAAUUGAUUACAGUGUAGCUUGUGAAAGAAGACUACAAGUACAAUCUAUCAAAGAAUGUCCGCAACCUAGCCAACCGAGGCAGCGAUAGCGAAGCACGUGUGCGAAGUCCUUGUGAAAGUUUACAGCAUUUUCCCCAAACAGUUUUCUUCGCAGCUUCGCACAAGGAACUUAUCGUCUGGCAAAAGCGGGGGGAGUCUCAUAGUACCGGGACAGGCAAACGCUAAUCGUAACGCGGGACCAACCUAUCGGGCAGCUAGGACGGAAUCGGCAUCCGGGUAUCGCAACCAUGGCGGAGCCAACGGCAGAAUCGCCGGACGGGUCCCCGGCAAAGCGUGUUUACGAUGAACUUGCGGUAGAGCAGAAAAGGUACAGCGUCCUCGAUGUCAUGGACAGGCUGAAGAAAGGUGUAAAGCCCAUUUCGCGGCUCCUGGUGGUUUCUCAGGUAAAGUUCACUUGCACUUGUCCCCUAGUUACACAGACAUAGCAUUAUCUAGCAUAUCGAUCGGUUAAGUAGACGCAUUCGCAUAAGAAAACUCAGGGACGCACGUCUGCAUGUCAAUUUUUGCGCUCGAUAAUUAUAAUUUCCUCUUCGACGACCACACGCAGGUACAAGAGGGCGUCAAGUUGCAGGAUGUAGAGGAAGAUUUCCGAGCAAAGAUAACAAAUUUCAACAAGCAUGGCGCAAAUCCAGCUGCUACGGUAAGUAUUCGUUCUUCGAUAUGAUUUGUAACUGACAUUUCGAUAUUAAUUUGCCGUUCAUGCUCACAGAAUAAAAAACGUCUAGCGCCGAUUGGUUCAAGACUCCCUCAGCGGAGUUAUGUAUGCUUUUAGUUUUUUACGUUGAAAAUGAAAAAUCGUUUCUCCUUUUGCAGGCGAUAUUGGCAGAGGUGACGAACUUCAGUGUGGAGGAUCUCUUGAUAACGGGGUUGCUGUACGUCGUCGGACCCUACAUGGUGCACUUUCUCGAGGCACCAUCGGAGUCGCUCUUCUUCGUAUUGCAAAACUUGCACCCGGGCGUCACCAACACGAAAAUCAUGUAAGCCUCAGUAGCUUCAUUAGAUCCAAUAAUAGAUUCAGGUUGUGAUGUUGAUUUGAGUUAUUUGAUGUGUUACCGAGGGCCUCGUCUGAGACGGAAUGCUCAUUCUUGCAUCAUGAAAAAGAAGAAAAAGUGUUUAGAGGCCUACCUCGACUCUGCAGGUACAUAACGGAGUGCCAUGGACAGCGGUACACGAAAAACUGGCAGUGUUUUGCAGGUGGAACCAAAAACGGUGCCGUCGUAUCCGGGGAACCGACGACCGUGCAGAGAAUAUUUGGCGUGUACUUAUUUGCUUUGUCCACUUGAUUCACGAUUACGCUUUUCCGUUUCCAAACUUGAAACCCUCUAUCGUAAGGAAAAGAAAUUGUCUGGAUUUCCAACUUCACAACGGACAAAAAAGGUACCGAAAAUUCAUCGACUUGCACAAAAAUGCGCCGAGCGACCAAGACACGGAGUACUACAAAGGUGCCAGCGACGCCUUUCCCCACCUCGACGACAUUUCGAAAUUGAUGGAUCCAGCGCUGAACCCCGACGCGUUUGCGCUCGAGGAUUUUCUGCAGUUCUACUGCGUCGGCGGGUUUGCAAACGAUGAUUUUUUACUGUCCGAACUCCUGUGGCCCGCGCCGCCACCUCUGCGAUACUACGAUGCGCCGCCAGUGGCAGAGAACUGAAAAUCAAUGCGCGCUCGAAAGAACAUUGAGUUCUAAAAGAAAGAAAUCCAAAUGAACUCUGUGGGCUGUGAAGAACUUGAGUACACUAAGUCUGACAACCAGUGGUGCUCUUCCGC